CCCUGGGAGGAGAGGAGGUGACCCCCAGGGAGGGAAGAGAAGGAAGGGCGAGUUCCAAAGUCUUAGGAAAUAUCCACAGUUAAGGAGAAGGGUGAAGAGCCCUCAGGGUUAGACUCAGGGCCUGUGGGCUCAGCACUGUUGGCAAAUAUGCCUCAGCCUUGACUGUCCUCAGGGCCUCAGCUGCCAAGCUCCCCUGGAAGGGAAUGGGCCACUGUGGCCUGGAGAUGGAGAGGGUGUGGACAGCCAUGGUAUGCGUCUGAAUCACCCCCUUCUCUCCCUUGGCCCGUGGCCAGCCUCCUCCCCAGACCAGUGUGAUUUCAGACCUGGGAUGACCUGAAGGUGUGGGGUUACCUGGUACAGUUCCCUCUGGGAUGAAGUCCCAAGGGGAACCAGCCUGGCCUUGGUCCAGAAGCUUGGGCGCUGCACACAGAGGGGGCCUGGAGAAGAGGGAGGGCAGAGAUGGGAGAGAGCUGGCCUGGCAUAUAUUCCUGAGAAUACGCCUCCUGAGUGUUCCUGCAGCUGCUCCCAAAACCAGUUUCUGCCAUAGCUGCAGUAAGAUGCAGAGGAGCUUCUGCCUAGAAUAAACACCCUGCCUGGCAGGGUCAUCCCCUAUGCCAGCGUGCUUCAGCUGGAGAAGGAGCUUUUGAAGAGACCGAGCCUUGUGGGAACUCACCUAGUGCCCACCCGGGGUCUCCUUCCUCAGUCUUGAGAACCUGAAAUUCAGGAGCUGAGACCACUGCCCACCGUCCCCCUCCUCGGGCCAGAGCCCCGGUGACCUGGUCAGGGGGUCCAGCUCCGUGGAGAUGCCAGCAGCUCGUCGGUUCCCUGGCCUAGAGCUCUCCUUCCCUCUUCUGGCCAGACUCCGGCGGAGACUCUACACAAGGCUGGGGAGCAGCAGCAUGCAGCCGGAGGAGGGCACAGGCUGGCUGCUGGAGCUGCUGUCCGAGGUGCAGCUGCAGCAGUAUUUCCUGCGGCUCCGUGACGACCUCAACAUUACCCGCCUGUCCCACUUUGAGUAUGUCAAGAAUGAGGACCUGGAGAAGAUUGGCAUGGGCCGGCCUGGCCAGCGGCGGCUGUGGGAGGCUGUGAAGAGGAGGAAGGCCGUGUGCAAACGCAAGUCCUGGAUGAGCAAGGUGUUCAGUGGAAAGCGGCUGGAGGCUGAGUUCCCCCCUCAUCACUCUCAGAGCACCUUCCGGAAGACCUCACCCACCCCCGGAGGCCCAGCAGCAGAGGGGUCCCUGCAGAGCCUCACCUGCCUCAUUGGGGAGAAGGACCUGCAUCUCUUUGAGAAGCUGGGAGAUGGCUCCUUUGGUGUGGUGCGCAGGGGCGAGUGGGACGCCCCCUCGGGGAAGACGGUGAGUGUGGCUGUGAAGUGCCUGAAGCCUGAUGUGCUGAGCCAGCCAGAGGCUAUGGACGACUUCAUCCGGGAGGUCAAUGCCAUGCACUCGCUUGACCACCGAAACCUUAUUCGCCUCUACGGUGUGGUGCUCACGCCGCCCAUGAAGAUGGUGACAGAACUGGCACCUCUGGGAUCGUUGUUGGACCGGCUGCGCAAGCACCAGGGCCACUUCCUCCUGGGUACCCUGAGCCGCUACGCUGUGCAGGUGGCUGAGGGCAUGGGCUACCUGGAGUCCAAGCGCUUUAUUCACCGUGACCUGGCUGCCCGCAAUCUGCUGUUGGCCACCCGUGACCUGGUCAAGAUCGGGGACUUUGGGCUGAUGCGAGCACUGCCCCAGAAUGACGACCACUACGUCAUGCAGGAGCAUCGCAAGGUGCCCUUUGCCUGGUGUGCCCCUGAGAGCCUGAAGACUCGCACCUUCUCCCAUGCCAGCGACACCUGGAUGUUUGGGGUCACACUGUGGGAGAUGUUCACCUAUGGCCAGGAGCCCUGGAUUGGCCUCAAUGGCAGUCAGAUCCUGCACAAGAUUGACAAGGAGGGGGAGCGUCUGCCCCGGCCCGAGGACUGCCCCCAGGACAUCUACAAUGUCAUGGUUCAGUGCUGGGCUCACAAGCCAGAGGACAGACCCACCUUUGUGGCCCUGAGGGACUUCCUGCUGGAGGCCCAGCCCACUGACAUGCGGGCUCUUCAGGACUUUGAGGAGCCAGACAAGCUGCACAUCCAGAUGAACGAUGUCAUCACCGUCAUUGAGGGGAGGGCUGAGAAUUAUUGGUGGCGCGGGCAGAACACACGGACGCUGUGCGUGGGGCCCUUCCCUCGCAACGUGGUGACCUCUGUGGCCGGCCUGUCGGCCCAGGACAUCAGCCAGCCCCUGCAGAACAGCUUCAUUCACACAGGGCAUGGUGACAGCGACCCCCGGCACUGCUGGGGCUUCCCUGACAGGAUCGAUGAACUGUAUCUGGGAAACCCCAUGGACCCUCCCGACCUGCUGAGUGUGGAACUGAGCACCUCCAGACCCACCCAGCAUCUGGGCAGGGUGAAAAGGGAGCCUCCACCUCGCCCUCCUCAGCCUGCCAUCUUCACUCAGAGUAAGUGGGGCUGCUCUUGGUGCCUUCGCCCCCGCCCCCGCCCCCUCUCUCCUCUCAUUUCUCUCCUCCUGGAAGAACCAACCUACGACCCUGUGAGUGAGGACCAAGACCCCCUGUCCAGCGACUUCAAGAGACUGGGCCUGCGGAAGCCAGGACUGCCCCGUGGGCUGUGGCUCGCGAAGCCCUCGGCCCGGGUGCCGGGCACCAAAGCGGGCCGCGGGAGCAGUGAGGUCACGCUCAUCGACUUCGGUGAGGAGCCCAUGGUCCAGGUCCCACGGCCCUGUGCGCCCUCACUGGCGCAGCUGGCCAUGGAUGCCUGCUCCUUGCUGGACAAGACCCCGCCACAGAGCCCCUCGCGGGCCCUGCCCCGACCCCUGCAUCCCACGCCAGUGGUGGACUGGGAUGCGCGCCCACUGCCCCCGCCUCCUGCCUACGACGACGUGGCCCAGGAUGAGGAUGACUUCGAGGUCUGCUCCAUCAACAGCACCCUAGUGAGUGCAGGGGUCUCUGCUGGGCCCAGCCAGGGAGAGACCAAUUACGCCUUUGUGCCUGAGCCGGCACGGCUCUUCCCUCCUCUGGAGGACAACCUGUUCCUCCCACCUCAGGGUGGGGGCAAGCCGCCCAACUCAGCCCAGACUGCAGAGAUCUUCCAGGCGCUGCAGCAGGAGUGCAUGCGACAGCUACAGGUCCCGGCCGGCUCUCUGGUCCCCUCGCCCAGCCCGGUGGGCGACGACAAGCCCCAGGUGCCCCCCCGUGUGCCCAUCCCCCCGAGGCCCACGCGCCCACGUGGGGAGCUGUCUCCAGCCCCCUCGGGCGAGGAGGAGAUGGGGCGGUGGCCUGGACCUGCCUCCCCUCCCCGACUACCACCUCGGGAGCCCCUGUCCCCACAAGGCUCCAGGACCCCCAGCCCCUUGGUGCCACGCGGCAGCUCCCCGCUGCCACCCCGGCUCUCCAGCUCACCUGGGAAAACCAUGCCCACCACCCAGAGCUUUGCCUCAGACCCCAAGUAUGCCACACCCCAGGUGAUCCAGGCACCUGGCCCCCGGGCUGGCCCCUGCAUCUUACCCAUCGUCCGCGAUGGCAAGAAGGUCAGCAACACCCACUACUACCUGCUGCCUGAGCGCCCACCCUACCUGGAGCGCUACCAGCGCUUCCUGCGUGAGACCCGGAGCCCCGAAGAGCCGGCCCCCAUGCCUGUGCCCCUGCUGCUGCCCCCUCCCGGCAUCCCAGCUCCUGCUGCCCCUACUGCCACCGUUCGACCAAUGCCUCAGGCUGCCCCAGACCCCAGGGCUAACUUCUCCACUAACACCAGCAACUCGGGGGCCCAGCCGCCAGCCCUGAGGGCCACUGCUCGGCUGCCACAGAGGGGCUGUCCCGGUGACGGGCCAGAGGCUGGACGGCCAACAGACAAGAUCCAGAUGCUGCAGGCCAUGGUGCAUGGGGUGACCACAGAGGAGUGCCAGGCGGCCCUGCAGAGCCACAGCUGGAGCGUGCAGAGGGCUGCCCAGUAUCUGAAGCACCCCUUGGCCCCAGUGUGUCCCACGGCACCACCCUCUGCUCCUCAGGUGGAGCAGCUCUUUGGUUUGGGUCUGCGGCCGCGAGGCGAGUGCCACAAAGUGCUGGAGAUGUUCGACUGGAACUUGGAGCAGGCUGGCUGCCACCUGCUGGGCUCCUGUGGCCCAGCCCACCACAAGCGCUGAGAUGUCUGGGUACCCAGAGGAUCUGCCCUGAAGGAAUCAUUUGAGCCUGUCCAUCUGACGAGGGUGGGGAGAUGCCCUGCCAGGCCUGGAGGACCUGCUGCACCUGCUGCUCCCAGUGGCAGAGCGAGGCCAAGGCAGCAGGAGGCUGGGAGCCCCGCCUUGCCUGUCCCUUCCUCACCCAGUGCUGUCCCUGCAACUUCAGAGCUCUCAGUGCACCCAGCUGAGGUGCAGGAGGGAGCCUCUUGAAGGCAGCCCUGGGGGCGGCCUCAGCAAGCCCUGUGGCUGACCUGCCUCUGGCUUCAGUCCCUGGUGGGGCCUGUAGCUGAAACGUGUUGCCAGGCCCUGCCGGCGGGGAAGCCAGGCUUGACCCCGGGCAGGGAGGAUGUGUUGGCCAUGCAGAAAGGUGGACCAGCACCCAGGGCGUGGGGCGGGGGCCCUCCCCAGGGAGCCCCUGGCGGCAGUUGGGGUGUCGGACAGAAUGUGACUUGUGGCCUCACCAUGGACAUAUUAUGGGACUUGGCUGGUGUUAGGAUCUUGUGCCUGGAAAUAGCCUGAGGUGGCUCAGGUAGCAGAGCUAGGGUGCCAGAUUGUUCUCUGGCAGGGACCAGGGCCCAAGGCCCCAGGGUUGGAAGGAGACCAAGGGGGCAGCUGCCCUGGAGGGACACCAGUGCUUCCUCUUUGACCCAGCUCUUCCCCUGUGCUGUUCUUUGUUUUCCCACCAGCCUCUUGCCAAAGUUGCUGCCCCGGCUAUGAAUAUCUGCUUCUUCCAGAGAAAUAAAGUUAGUUUCUAUUUUAUGUUA